CAGCUGGUCUGGCUUUCUAAUUUUGCAUUUCUUCGAAUACAGUACUUUUACUUUCAAACUUACGUACAAAUCCCCCAUGCUGACGGGAACAAGUCAACCCCCAACCCGUCACCAAAACAGACUGAACUGACUCUUGCAAGAGAAAUAAAGGGCGGAAAGCCAAACAAUCCUGCAAUCCUUGCAACUAUUCUAGUCUGGUCCAGCCAUCCUGUGGACGGAAUAAAAGCCCUGCUCCCUGCUCCCCCAAUAUCACGUUCCCCAAGGGAACUAUUAUUGGAUGGCACCACUUUAUCUCGUAUCACGAUUAAUCGUAACAACAGACUGAUUACACAGAUUUGGGAAACAAGAGGCCUGAAGAUCUCCAUUACACGAACCUAGAUCGUGCUACUCCGAGGCUGCUGGCAGUCAGCUUCCAUCAAUUGUUGAGCGCAUGAGUAACGUGUUGCAACGCUCCGACGUGAAUACCAUACAUUGGUGCAUGGUUCCAAAUUCAAGAGAAACGCUUUUUCAUUGCCUCAAUACUCGUCAGAAGUUCGUUACCCGCCUUCGUCGUUCCCAGUUCUUCCAGCUUCCCACAUCGUCAGGCCUUUUC